AUGUAUUUAAAAAAAAAAAUAAAUGAGUGUGUUGAAAUAACAAGAAAUCAAAUUAAUUUACUAAAAUCAAUAAAUGAAGAAAAUCAAUCAAGUUUUGAUUUGGCUCUAAAAUUCUCACUUUCAACAUUAGACAUAUUAUUACAUCAACAAAAUAAUAAUAAUAAUAAUAAUAAUAAUAAUAAUAAUAAUAAUAAUAAUAAUAAUAAUAAUAAUAAUAAUAAUAAUAAUAAUAAUAAUAAUAAUAAUAAUAAUAAUAAUAAUAAUAAUAAUAAUAAUAAUUUAUUUUUUAAAAUUUGGAGAAAUAAUUUUAUUAGAAAAGAAAUCUUUAAACAUUUAAGGUUAUUUAAUAAUCACAAAGAGAAUUGGACAUUUAAUAUUACAAACAGUGAUAUUGAAGAUAGAAUUGGUAUUAAAGAAAUUAAUCGAUACCCUCUUCAAGAUUAUUUGAGUGCUAUUGAAACUGAUUUAACUUUGGUUAAAGACACAUAUUUUAGUGAUAUAGUAUCAACAUUUUAUAAAUUACCAGAUAACAUCAAAUCCAUUAAAAUAAAUAACUCAACUAAAAGAAAUAAAGGUCAAAUUAUCUUUUUACCAGAAUCUCAACAACAACAACAACAACAACAACAACAACAACAACAACAACAACAACAACAACCAAUAGUACCACAAUCAGUAACAGAAUUAGAUUUAUUUUUAAAUUAUGAUUCACCAUUAAAUGAGAAUUCAAUAGGAUCAACAUUGAAAUCUCUUACUUUCCAUGAAUUUAAUUAUCCACUUUCAAAAUAUGAAAUUUUAAAUGAUGGUAAAUAUAUUUGUCAAUCAUUUUUACCAUCAAAUGGAUUAACAAAUUUAGAUUUAGGAAAUACAUUCAAUCAACCAAUAGCACCAUUUGUAUUACCAAAAUCACUUACAGAAUUAACAUUAUCCAAUGCUUUUAAUCAACCUUUAUUAGUUGGAUCAUUACCAGAUUCUUUAAUAACUUUAAAGAUGGGUAUUGCUUGGAAUCAAAAGUUACUACCAGAUGUAUUACCAACAAAGUUGGAGCGUUUAUAUUUAUCAGCAUCAUUUGAUAAUAAAAUUGAUACCAAUAUUUUACCAGAUUCAUUGAAAUUUUUAAGUUUUGAUUUAUUCUCAAAAUUUGAUCAUUUUAUUGAAAAAAAAGUUAUUCCAGUUGGUUUAGAAACCUUAAUUGUUGGAUACAACUAUUCUCACACAUUAAAAAAUGUUAAAGUCGAUAAUUUAAAACUAUUACGAAUUGGUACGGAACUUUCAAGAAUACCUCAAAAUGUUGAAUCACUAGAUAUAUUAUUAUUUUAUGGUGAAGAAAGUUUUGUACUUGAUGAUGAAUGGCACCAACAUUUAGAUGGAUUCUCAUUAAAAUCAAUGGAAUUAACAAGUAUAAUCUCCUUAACAGAUAAUUCAAUUCCAGAUAGUGUAACCUCAUUAAAAUCUUGUAAUUACAGUAACUUGAUACAUUUACAAAAAAAUUAUGAUCUUGUUAGAUUAUACUGUUCAGGUUAUGAUAAUGAUGACAAUGAUAAUAAUGAAAAUAUAGAUGAAGAAUCAAUUGUAAUUCCGAGCCAUAUUAAAAUUUUAAAAUUAGAUAAUUAUAAUCAACUUUACCCAAUAACACUUUUAAAUUGUUAUCAAUUGGAUACUUUAUAUUUAUGUCAUAAAUCGAAAUUGUUACCAAAUAUAUUCCCAAAUACUUUAAAAUCAUUAUCAAUUUUAAGAAAUUUCGAUCAUCCAAUUGAAAAAGAUGUUUUACCAUCAUCAUUAAAUCAUUUAUCACUUUUACAUAGUGAUAUUAAAUUUCAAGAAUCUCACUUUCCAGAUUCAAUUAAAACAAUGGAAUUUGAUUAUGAUUUUAAUGAAACUCUAACAAUAAAUAAUCUUCCAAAAUCAAUUGAAACUUUAAUUAUUUGGGGAUUUGAAACAAAAAUUCAAUUACCAUUACCAGAAACUCUUAAAGAAAUUUAUAUUUGUAUUACUAAUAAUUCAAUAUUAAAAAAUCCUUUAAUAUUUAAUCAAAUAUCAUCAAUUAUUAAAGUAUUAUCUGCUAAAAAAUUAUCAAAAAUUUUUAAAAGAAUAAUAAGAUCAAAUAUUUAA